AUGGGAUUAGGUACUACAAUUGCUAAUAAGCUAAUGAAAAAAGCUGAAAAAAAGGUUAAGGAACAUCACUCGAAUUCAAAGAGUAACUAUCAAGGGGACGUUAACCAUGGAAAAGUUGAGGAUAGAAAUGCUGAAUUGCCACCAUUACAGGUUCAAAUCUAUACACACAAUAUUAGACAAGAAAAUAAUAAUAUGAUGAAAGGUGAAGAACCUUGGUCAAAGAGAAAAGUGGGUGUGAUCGGACUUAUAAAUAAGCAUUCACAGUCAAUCCCUACUUUGGUUGGUUUGCAAGAAGUAAAACAAAAUCAAUUGAAUGAUAUAAUCCAAGGAUUAGGGAAACCAUGGAAUUUUUUUGGUGUUGGUAGAGAUGAUGGUAAGUCAAAAGGUGAAUUUGCACCUAUUUUGUACAAGACCGAUGAAUGGGAUUUGGUAUCAGGUAAGACUUAUUGGUUAGGUGAGACUCCCGAUCAUCCUAGUAAAGGAUGGGAUGCUGCAUUUCCAAGAAUUGUCACCGUUGUUGUUAUGAAACAUAAAAAAUCUGGAAAAGUGAUUAAUUAUUUGAACACUCAUUAUGAUCACAAGGGUAAGAAAGCGAGAGAGAAUUCUUCCCUCCAAAUUAUUGAUCUUAUGAGUAAAACUGAAGGAACUAGUUUACUCAGUGGUGAUUUUAAUAGUCAGGAACACGAAGAAGCGUACCAGACAUUAUCGAAGUCUUUGUUUGAAACAUCUUGUAAUUGUCAUGAGAAAUGUGGCUUCAAGGAUACUUGUACAGGAUUCGAGAAGGGCGGUUCUGAGUCGAGUAUCGACUUUAUUUGGGCUACUAAAGGUACACCUAUUCUUAAACAUGAAAUUAUCGACCAUGAAUGUAAUGGCUCAUACUGCAGUGACCAUCGUCCUGUUACUGCUAUUUUUGAAGUGUAA